GUCGACUUCACCCUGGAGAGCCCCGCGGGGCGGCUGCUGGUCAGCGAGCGGCGCCGCGCCGACGGGCUGCACACCGUGGAGCCCACGGAGGGCGGCGACUACCGCCUCUGCUUCGACAACUCCUUCAGCGCCGUCUCCGAGAAGCUCGUCUUCUUGGAGCUGCUCCUGGACGGCGGCGCCGGCGCCUCCCGGCUGGAGGCGGCCGAGCCUGACGACGCCCUGGACGUCCGGAUCGAGGACAUCAAGGACUCCAUCGAGACGAUGCGGGGCCGGCUGGAGCGCAGCAUCCAGCUGCAGACGCUGCUGCGCGCGUUCGAGGCGCGCGACCGGCGCCUCCAGGAGAGCAACCGCGGCCGCGUGGACUUCUGGUCGGCGCUGAACGCGGGCGCGCUGCUGCUCGUGCCGCUGCUGCAGGUGCUCUCCCUGCGCAGCCUCUUCCCGGCCGAGCGGCGCCCGCGCACGUGACGGCGCCGUCUUCCCGCCGGAUCGAACCCCGCCGCCGCUUGGGAUGGGCCGGAUCCCGAUCCCGCCGCUGCCAUCCCGGCUGGGGCCUUGGGAUGCUCCCUCUCCCCUCCCUUCCCUCCGGCGGGCAGGGAAUAUCCGCCACCUUCUCACCCAUUCCCGCCCUUGGGGUGUUGCCAUCGCAUUCCCUCCUCCAAGAAUUCCUUAAACGGUUCCGAAUCCACCUUCUGCAGAAGGAUCUGGUGUCCCAGCUCUGCUUCCCUYUAAGCUCCGUCUUCAGGGAUCCCUGGUCCAGCCUGGAACAUCUGCCC